UUGAAGUGAAGAAUUGGAGCUUGGAAUCGAGACUGUGUUGGCAGAAGUUCUUCUUUAUUGGCGUUUUCUACUAGUAAGAAAUUCAUGAAGCGGUUGUCUUGGUUCUUCUCCUGUAAACGUAGGGUUGGAGGUGUGAGAGGAUAUUCCGCGAGCAAAAAGGAGCUGAAAAUUGAUGGAAUUAAGCAUACUAUAGCCAUUGCUUCUGGCAAAGGAGGUGUGGGCAAGUCCACCACUGCCGUAAAUUUGGCCGUUGCACUAGCAAACAAGUGUCGCCUGAAUGUCGGAUUACUUGAUGCUGAUGUAUAUGGACCCAAUGUUCCAAUUAUGAUGAAAAUCCAUCAAAAGCCAGAGUUGAAUGAAGAUAGAAAAAUGGUUCCUAUUGAGAGCUAUGGAGUUAAAUGCAUGUCAAUGGGAUUACUCGUGGAAAACAAUGCUGCUCUUGUGUGGAGGGGUCCUAUGGUGUCAAGUGCUCUGGAGAAAAUGACAAGGGGAGUUGCUUGGGGAGAUCUUGAUAUUCUUGUUGUUGAUAUGCCUCCUGGUACAGGCGAUGUUCAGAUUACAAUGUCACAGAGAUUGUUACUCUCGGGUGCAUUGAUUGUUUCAACGCCUCAGGAUGUUGCAUUAAUGGAUGCUCGUAGGGGAAUUAAAAUGUUUUCUAAUGUCCAUGUUCCGAUUCUGGGAAUUGUAGAGAACAUGAGCUACUUUACAUGUCCACAUUGUGAUGAACGCUCCUAUAUCUUUGGGAGGGGAGGAAGUCGCAAGGCAGCUGAUGAGAUGGGUAUCCCAUUCGUGGGUGAGGUACCAUUAGAAGAGAAGAACAGGAAAGGUUGUGACGAAGGUGUCCCUAUUGUAAUGUCAGAACCAAAUUCCCUGGUAUCUACAAAAUAUGUGGAAAUUGCUGAGAAAGUUAUGGAGCGAAUUGAGGAGGAGAGGCAAAAACUACUCUAUCCAAAGAUUCAAUUAUAACCACAGCAGCCCCGAGAUUUCUUUUUGACAAUAGAUUAUGUUUCAUUCCUAUCAUUCCAGCUUCAUUCCCUGCGAGAUAGAAAAAGAAAUAUAUAUGUUACUUACCGUUGAAUUAUGCUCAUUUUGGCUCCUUUUGCAUC